UUGAAUUUCAAAGUUACUGUCGACGGUAACUUGAGUUUAUAAAUCACAACUUUCAGCCUGUAGCGGAAUUUACCAUUUAACUUUGGCAACACUGUCCUUGAUCUCGCUUGAUUUAAGGUUAUGUUCAAUCGACGGUUGACAGUGGUCGAAAAAUUUGAAAUUGCAUUUUUUUAUUAAAUGAGGGUUUCUCACAAAGGAUAUAGUUUGUGAAUCCCGCCGGUUUUAAGGUUAUGUUCAAUUGACAGUAGACAGUCAAGCAGAAACGUUUAUUUUGAAAAUUUGUUGUUUUCUUAAUUAGCACAGUUUCUGUCUUUACACAGACUUUCAAAAUGAGUCGAAAAGAAGCACUUUCGUCCUUCAUCCAGCAAAUUCACGCCAGACCCGUAGUUGUCAAACUAAACAGUGGCGUAGAUUAUAGAGGUGUCUUGGCGUGCUUAGACGGUUACAUGAACAUAGCCCUGGAGCAAACCGAGGAGUACGUAAACGGCCAACUUAAGAACAAGUUUGGAGAUGCGUUCAUUAGGGGUAACAACGUCCUUUACAUAAGUACACAAAAACGCCGAAUCUAAUCUCUAUUUAUUUUUGCAAUAAAUAAGUAAAAACUCAAUCAAA